UUUUUCUGGAACUCUACUUCUCGUUCCUCCGUCGCCGCUUUUUCCAUUGCUGCCGUGUUCGUAAAAUAAAACUCGACGGCCAACCCCCACUUGAUAGCGUAUAAGCAAUAGAGAAGGAAGAAGAAGAAAGCAAGGGCCUUCUUUCUCGGAUCCAAAAUGGUUCCGAGGUGGUGACGCCGGCGGCGGUGGAUCGGCUCUUCCCCCAGAAGUUCUGUAAUUCCUCUUUCUCCUCGUUUCUUAUGGUUAUCUUCCCCUUAGAUGACUGAAUUUGGAAUCAGAAAGCAAUCAGAACAAAGUUUUAUAAGAGCUAGCCGGUGAUCCCUUUCUUCUCCAAUUCUGUUUCUUCGUUUCAGUUCAUGAAGGAAGUAAUUUGUCUGAACUGCGUGAAUAAGUUACUGUUUCCCCGUUCAUCCUUUGUCCAGUUCCUGUCGUGAACUUUUUAGUUAAAGAAAGCUCUUCAUUUGGGCAUUUUAGCGAACAUGCUUUGAGCAUAAAUAUUUGGUGUAUUUAUUUGAUUCUUACCACCGGCACAUUGUCGGCUUUUUCUUAUUGUUCUUUGUAACUGUCGUCGGGGAAAUUCGUGAUUUUUAAAUUUGUUUUCCCACCAUUGACGCUUGAUAUUUAAGACAGCCGAUUCGAGUUCUUCUGAAUCCCAUAAACAUAUGUAUUGUAAAGAUACUGGUGGAGAGUGCAAGAAGAGUGUUUGCUAGAAUGGCAGGUACUCCGGCUUUUGGUUUUAAAAAGUUAACAAACAAAAUCGGUGAAGGGUUUCUGAUUCCUGCUGGUAACAUGUUGAGAAAAAGCACUGGGUUUUCUUUUGAUUGGUUCUUCAUGGCCUCACAAAAGCGCACGAUGACAAAGAGUAGAAGGGUGCAAGAUCGCAGCAAGAAGAAGAGGGUGCAUGAUCUUGAGAUAGCCACAGAGCGGUGGAAGGUCCUUUCAAAAGUAUUAGCUGUGAUGGAGGCAUUGAAGAGAGAACCUGAACAAGUGAUACCACUUAAACGAUUGGAGCAGUAUCGGCAGCAGAUUAAUCUGAGUAAGCCACAUAAGGUUGCACAUUUUGUCCGCAAGUCCCCAAAGCUAUUUGAGCUGUACAGGGACAAGAAGGGAGUGAUAUGGUGUGGGCUAACUAAGGAAGCAGAGGAUCUUGUGGAAGAAGAGGCUAGGCUAUUGGAAGAGCAUUCAGAGAAAGCUGUUGAGCAUGUUACAAGGUUGUUGAUGAUGUCAGUGGAUAAGAGGCUUCCAGUUGAUAAAAUUACGCAUUUUAGACGAGAUUUUGGCCUUCCUUAUGAUUUCAGAAACAGAUGGAUCCAUAUGUUUCCAGAUCACUUCAAGGUUGUAAGAAUUGAGGAUGCUGAGUAUUUGCAGCUUGUUUCUUGGAGUCCCGCUUGGGCUGUUACAGAGCUAGAGAAAAAAGCUAUGGCAACAGGAACAAUCUCUGAUAUUCCUCCUGAACCUGGAGUUUUUUUCCUUCCUUUCCCAAUGAAAUUUCCUCCGAAUUACAAGAAGCUCUUUAGAUAUGGUGGUAAAAUUGAGCAUUUUCAGAAGAGGUUAUACUUGUCUCCAUAUGCUGAUGCUAAAGGGCUCUCACCUGGCUCACAAGAGUUUGAUAAGAGGGCUGUGGCAAUCAUGCAUGAGAUAUUGAGCUUUACGAUUGAAAAGCGGCUUGUUACAGACCACCUCACACACUUUCGACGUGAAUUUGUAAUGCCUCAGAAGCUAAUGAGGCUUCUUUUGAAGCACUUUGGCAUAUUUUAUGUAUCCGAAAGAGGGAAGCGUCUCAGUGUUUUUCUGACAGAAGCAUAUGAAGGUUCUGAGUUGAUUGAUAAAUGCCCCUUGGUUCUCUGGAAGGAGAAGGUCCUGAGGCUUACUGGUUACAGAGGAAAGAGAAAGAGAAUCAAGAGUUUUAAUGAGUUCUCUGAUGUUGAGGGUGCUGUAUUUGACGGUGACUUUGAUAAUCAAAGUACAUUUAUGAAUGUCGAGGAUGAUGAGAUUGAGGGUACCAUAGAUGAUGCUUCCCUUGCAGAUGAUUGUGAGAUGAAGUUAGGAGAGCUAUAUGAUUCUUAUAAAGAUUGAUCCAGUUGAGGCUGAGCAAUGGAUGGAUGCUGGCUGAGCUAUAUAUGAGGCCUCAAACAAGAACCACCAUGUAGCCUAUAUUGGAUGGGACACUUAUAUGGCAUGUCGAAAUUCUCAUAAUUAGAGAAUAAGGAGGUGUCUCAAGCCCUUGGAUGAUCCAUGCAACUUUCUGACCACCUUCAAGCCGAGCUUAUCAUAAAGAUGGUUGUCCAUUCUGCCCGCCAUAUCCAAUCAAAUGCCAUCACAGCCUGGAACGGUAGAUUACACUUCAUUCUCUCCAUAUACCCUUGUAAUAAAUUUAUGGUAGGUUGUUGGGGUUUGGUUUCAGAAAAGUAUUUAAUGGCUCUACGAGACUUAGCUCUACAUGAUUUCUGUUUUGAACGGUGAAGUCUAUUUAUUCAGACCAUGUGGGUGGAGAUCCAAAGUAGGAUCUAUGGGUCAUGAAACUAGAAAACUGACUUAAAUGACAAAGCUAUUGCGCAUUAA